GUCAGUCUCCAUCACUUCCUCCCACCAUAAACCCCCCUCCAUGUGGCUGCCAAGGUCAGUCUUCAUCACUUCCUCCCACCAUUACUCCCCUCCAUGUGGCUGCCAAGGUCAGCCUUCAUCACUUCCUCCCACCAUUACUCCCCUCUAUUUGGCUGCCAAGGUCACCCUCCAUCACUUCCUCCCACCAUUACUCCCCUCCAUGUGGCUGCCAAGGUCAGCCUUCAUCAUUUCCUCCGCUCCAUGUGGCUGCCAAGGUCAGUCUUCAUCACAUCCUCCCACCAUUACUCCCCACCAUUACUCCCCUCCAUGUGGCUGCCAAGGUCAGCCUUCAUCACUUCCUCCCACCAUUACUCCCCUCCAUUUGGCUGCCAAGGUCAGUCUUCAUCAUUUCCUCCCCUCUGUUUGGCUGCCAAGGUCAGUCUUCAUCAUUUCCUCCCACCAUUACUCCCCUCCAUGUGGCUGCCAAGGUCAGCCUUCAUCACUUCCUCCCCUCCAUUUGGCUGCCAAGGUCAGUCAUCAUCACUUCCUCCCACCAUUACUCCCCUCCAUUUGGCUGCCAAGGUCAGUCUUCAUCACUUCCUCCCACCAUUACUCCCCUCCAUGUGGCUGCCAAGGUCAGCCUUCAUCACUUCCUCCCCUCUGUUUGGCUGCCAAGGUCAGUCAUCAUCACUUCCUCCCACCAUUACUCCCCUCCAUGUGGCUGCCAAGGUCAGUCUUCAUCACUUCCUCCCACCAUUACUCCCCUCCAUGUGGCUGCCAAGGUCAGUCUUCAUCACUUCCUCCCACCAUUACUCCCCUCCAUGUGGCUGCCAAGGUCAGUCAUCAUCACUUCCUCCCACCAUUACUCCCCUCCAUGUGGCUGCCAAGGUCAGCCUUCAUCACUUCCUCCCCUCUGUUUGGCUGCCAAGGUCAGUCUUCAUCACUUCCUCCCACCAUUACUCCCCUCCAUGUGGCUGCCAAGGUCAGUCAUCAUCACUUCCUCCCACCAUUACUCCCCUCCAUGUGGCUGCCAAGGUCAGCCUUCAUCACUUCCUCCCCUCUGUUUGGCUGCCAAGGUCAGUCUUCAUCACUUCCUCCCACCAUUACUCCCCUCCAUGUGGCUGCCAAGGUCAGCCUUCAUCACUUCCUCCCACCAUUACUCCCCUCCAUGUGGCUGCCAAGGUCAGUCAUCAUCACUUCCUCCCACCAUUACUCCCCUCCAUGUGGCUGCCAAGGUCAGUCUUCAUCACUUCCUCCCACCAUUACUCCCCUCCAUGUGGCUGCCAAGGUCAGUCAUCAUCACUUCCUCCCACCAUUACUCCCCUCCAUGUGGCUGCCAAGGUCAGUCAUCAUCACUUCCUCCCACCAUUACUCCCCUCCAUUUGGCUGCCAAGGUCAGUCUUCAUCACUUCCUCCCACCAUUACUCCCCUCCAUGUGGCUGCCAAGGAGGGUCAGGAUGCUAUCGUGGGGCACCUUUUGAGGCGUGGCGCCGAUGUCCAUCUCUUGGAUACAUCACUAAGAUCUGCUCUUCACAUCGCCAGUGGAGGCCAGCACGCAGGGUGUGUGGAACUGCUGCUGAAACAUGGUGCUGGUGACAGUCAGGACAAGCACGGACAGACAGCCAGGCACAUGGCCAGGAAAGAUGGUGUAAAACAAGUCUUCAGGAAAUAUCUGGAUCAUAUUACUUGAAAUGUCAAUAAAAUGUUUUUAAAUAUU